AUGUUCAAUGACAUGAUCCGCAAAGUUGACACCGGUCCCCUGCAGAAUGCUCCCGUCAGGCUCACCGUGGCAACCGUGUGCUCCGGCACGGACGCCCCUAUCUUCGGUUUGAAGUUUAUUCAGGAUGCUCUCAUGGCUACCCUGCGCGGUGCCGGCUUUGAGGUGAAGCAUCUGUUUAGCUGUGAGAUUGAACCUGCCAAGCAGGGUUUCAUCAGUCGCAACCUUUGGUACUUUUGUGAAGUCUUUCGAGACGUCUUAGAGAUGGCCGAGGCAGGCCCAGGAGGUGAAGCUACUACCGCCCGCGGCUCGAAAGCUGUGAUUCCGAAAGAACCAAUCGAUAUCUUUUUUGCCGGUUGCUCUUGUGUCGACUAUUCGAACCUGAACACGAAGAAACCUUCGGGUCAAGUUCCUAGUCUCGAUAAACACCUGAAGCAUGCAAAGUCGGGAUUCCGGACCAAAGGGGGCGACGACCAAAGCCCGGAAACGAGGCCAAAAAUCAAAUUGGAACCAGAAUUCAUCGAGGAUCUCAAAACGGGGCUCUGCGAGCUUCACAAUCUCGAUUCAAGUGGCGAGUCUUCCAGGACUUUCUUUGCAGCCCUUAAGCUGAUCGCCGAUAUGCGGCCGAAGCUCAUCAUUCUCGAGAACGUUUCUGGGGCUCCGUGGCCGAUGUACAGGCACGAUAUCUUCCCCAAGAUUGGCUAUGCUGCCUGUUACAAACGCCUGGAUAGCAAAGAGUUCUACCUACCGCAAACCCGUGUGCGCGGUUAUCUUGUUGCUGUCGAUGCACUGAGGCUCGGGGUAGAAAAGGCCUGGGAGGUUGCUGAAUAUUGGCUCCAUGAAAUCGAUACGAUGAAGCGCCGCGCUUCAGCGCCUGUCACAGCGUUUAUCGGCGCCUCGGACGACCCCGGCACGAUCCAGGCGCGGGCCGAAAUGGAAACUAAGUCGUCGUCCCAGAUGGAGUGGUCUUUGAGUUGGUUGCGUCACGCCAUGGCCCGGCAGAAGAAGGGCCUGCGGGAUAACGAGAACCCGUUCAGCCAUAAGACGAUGCGCAACGGCAAACUCAUCAACAAAACAUUCCCCUCACAUGCUUGGCUCGAGUACUGGGACCGCGAAGUCCCGAGGGUCGUCGACCUGAUGGACAUCAUCUAUGCCGCAGUCCUCCGCCACGAAGGUUUCGACCUCGGCUACAAGGCCGUCAUGGUGGAUGUGAGCCAGAACGUGGACCGAUGCACCUUGCUCGACAGAAGUCACAGCGCAGCAAACAGGUUCGGCAUCAUCGGCUGCAUUACGCCGUCGGGAAUGCCUGUCAUCACCGAGCUGAUGCGCCCCAUCACCGGAACAGAGACGCUUGCCCUCCAAGGCCUCCCAGCCGAUGAGCUAGUGAUCUCGACGGAGACCCAAGGGGAACUGCGCGAUCUCGCCGGCAACGCCAUGACAGUUACCGUGGUCGGCGCAACCACCCUAUGCCUCCUUCUGUCUAUCUUCGAAGCCGGGGUAGCUCCGAACUUCCUUAAUCAGAUCCCCUCGGCCCAUCCGGCGCACGGCGUGUAUGUCAAGGGCCCCGGUGACGGCGAGGAAACGCUGGUGGAUGGGCGCGACAGCAACACCAGCAGCGUGACCACAUCCGACCCGAUGCUGUGCCUAGCCGUCGCGGGCAUGGCGCGGCUCUGCCAUUGCUACAGGCCGUCCGGCGGCUAUCUGAUCUGCCACGACUGUGGCACCACGGCCUGCUCGAAAUGCCAGGGAAGCCCGGUGCAUUCGUUCCGCCCCAGAACAGAGGGCCUGCACCGUUCCAUCUCCGACACACAGGGCAAAGUCCAACUGAAGAACACCCUCCCGGGAUCUCUUGUAUUACGCCUCCCGGAUGCUGUCGUCCAACACGGCUUGGCCCUCGCUGGGCCGGGACCGUACGGCGACGCCCUAGCCGAAGUUCUGGGGGGAAACCCGGUAUACUAUGUAGACGACAUCAAGACCACCGAGGUGGUGACCGUGUGUUACAAAGCCACCCACAGCAUCGCGCGCAUGGUCCUCUCGGAUGACUUCGGGCUGCGAUGGUACAUCUACAUUGCCCCCUGGUCUCCGCACGCUCCCAACUUACUGAAGGAGCCUGGCCUUUCCCAGCCCAUUGCCCGCGGCGAGGCGGUUUUUGGUGGCGUCUCCGACUUGUGUUGGUCCGUCUGGAUCCCCAAGAAGGUCAACCUGCGGCUGAAGUUCUCCAAUCCUGUAGGCCACGCUCCCGCUCCGUGCAAGCUCAAUUUCGCUCCCGGAGAGAAGGCCGCUGAUCUGCGGGAUCCGUCACUGCAGGCUUGGAAGCAGACCGUGGAAAAGGCCAUCUGCGGUUUGUACACCCCUCAUCCCAACUGCGGAACUCCCGGGACCCGUCUGCAUUCCAGACAACCCGGCAGGGGAGACCGUACGGGUACUAGGAAGGUCUUUAUGAUGUGGGAAUCUCUCAGUCUGAGAGAUCCCGAGAUGGAUCACUUCGUGUGGACCCACACAAUGAGGAGGAUCGACGCUCACGAGUACCGCGAGAUCCUGCUCCAUGCCGGGAACAAGGACGCCGAGCCUUCAAAGAGGAUCACUGGGAUGAAUACCAACUGCUGGAGUCUCGGCACUUUCCACGCCGGCCAUGCGGUGGACACUCAUUGGCGUGGCUACUGGUCCUAUCCGCUGAGAGGCACCAGUGUCCUCCCCGUACUCCAAGACUCGCAUGCUCUCGAGCCCAUCGGCCACUCUGUCCGAGUUUCCUGGAAUACUGCCGACGCGAUCGUGCAGCCGAUGUGCCACGACCGCGAUGAUGCAAAGCUCCUGGAAGGCUUCCCGCCCCUCGCAGUCCUGACGGCCACGCUCCCGGCCAGCUUCCCAGGCUCGGCCCCACGGCUUUCCAAGAUCGAUGCGGCCCAGACCGGCGGCGCGUUCUACGUCGUGCCCCACCCAGCGAAUGAUGCGUUCUUGAAGAUGUUUGCGUGCAUCACCAACGAGCUCCGCAAAACGAGGACACCUGCGCACACACUAGACGGCGCGUUCCGACACCUCAAUGGCGAGUGGGUUUCCGUUCCCCAUUGCAAGCGCUGCGCGAUCACUCCACCCAAGGUGUAUGCCCGGCCAGUCCCGGAGAACGGCGAGGAAAGGGCUACGAAGAGGGGCCUCAUCGAGGACCCGCAGGAAGCCGCCGAAUUCGAAAAGCACUUCCGCGAUCUCAGCCGGGCCGUGGUGGUCGCCGCGCGGCUGGUGCGUAGCCCGCACGAUAUGGACAACAUGGACGUGGCCUUCCGACUCCUGAUGCAGCCGAGGGCUUUGGUCUCUAAGGCGCUCGCACAUCUUUUACCAGUCUACCGCACAGGCUUAGGUGGCCGACGCGUCGUGGAAUCGGAUGCCGCGACUUUCUUCACCACUGUGCUCGAUUUUGUGCCUACCGCGGUUCUGGCGCUGAAGCCGUUUGCCAAGUCUGUUCAGCCCUGCGACAUAAGAAACACGGUCGGCAUCGAUACCGAGAUUCUUGCGCCCGGCAUGACGGAUAUGACGGCGAUACUACCGCUUACCGAGCCGGCCAGAUUCGUUCGGGAGAAACACAAGCUGCGGAUGGGCCAGAGACAAGCUGUCGACUGGAUGCUUUUCCGAGAGCGCGCCCCCCUUGACUUCAUUAAGCGCGAGAUCGAGGAAGAGGUAAUCUCGGCGCUUAACAUCCGUGUCGUGGGCAAGGCCGAAUGGAUUAAUACAUUGCCAUUCAGUUGCCGCGGCGGCCUGAUGGCUCACGACAUCGGCUACGGCAAGACCGUCAUCAGCCUUGCAUUGAUCGAUUACCAGCGAACCUACGACGAGUCCGAGUCUCUCCGGGUACGGCAGAGCAUCGAGCGCGCCUGGAUGGCGGUCCCCGAAAUCCGGGAGGGUUUGAACAUCCCCGUGGACCACAUUUCUGUCCGUCGUGCGCCGCUCCGGGCUCCCAAGCAGCUCUUCGUUCACCUGUCGGCGACCCUCGUCGUCGUUCCGCAGCACAUCACCAAGCAGUGGGCGAGCGAGGCCAAGAAGUUCCUGGGCCUGGUCGGACGCCGCGUUCUCGUGAUUGGUAGCGCCGCUAAAUUCCAGACUGUCUCGCUGGACGAACUUGAGGUGGCCGAGAUCAUCAUUGUCGGCAGCUCGGCGUUUGGGGAGUCCCUUCUGAACCAGCUCGAAGUGGUCACCCCCCCGGGACUCAAAAGCCGCAAGGGACUGUCGGGGAGAACCCUCGAGGCGUGGUACCGCGAUGCUUUGCGCCAUCACCGCCUGCUCCAUGCGUACUACUAUGAGGCCACCCAAAGGGGGGACUGGUCGGGGGCAGCACGUGACGACGUCGUGAACAAGCUAGAGGAGCAUGUUUUGGGUGCGCUGACGGCACCUCAAGCGGCCAAAGUCAAGGGUGUGUUCGACAAGCAGGUCAAGGACAGCAGCCGGAAAUUCUACAAAAAGCAGCACAAGGCCAAGGCCAAGGAUAACGGCGACGGUGGGGAACCCAGCAAGGCCACGCCGAAGCGACUGAAGUGGAAGCCCUCGUCCCUCCACGCCUGCACCUUUGCUCGAAUCUUUUGGGAUGAGUGCUCGUACGGGGACGACAACGAGACCGGGUACACACGCCUCUUCGUCUCGAAUGCCGUGGCCAACGCAAAGUGGCUUGUAUCAGGGACCCCCAAACUCUUUAAUUUAAAGCAAGUUUGUGAUAUAGCCUCUGUGUUCGGCAUUCAUAUCGCGCGCCCAGAGCCGCGGAUGCCACCUGGUCUGCCGGCCGUGGCCAAGGGCCCCGAGCUCACCCCAAUGUCGAAAAGCGAGCAAUUUUACGUCCUAUCUUCUGGACUUAAGUCAACCGCGCUCGUCGAGGAGAGGCACCAGCAGGCCGAGUCGUUCGUAUCUGCGUACUUCCGCGCUAACACGCUCGAGGGCGAGGUCGACAUCCCCUCCACGGAACACGUCGUGCCCGUCCACCUGGGGACCAUGGACAGUGUACACUACUACAUGCUCACCCAGGAAUUCCUCGACGCCGAUGGAGACUAUACCGCCCUCGCGCCGCACUCCCGUUCCGCAGUGAAGCUGGCGCCCGGCGACGCGCCGAGCAAAGACAGUCCGCUCAACGCUAGAGUUCUCCUCGCGUUGCUGGCCUGCAGCGUGUGUGAACGGACGUCCGAGCUGCCCAAGCUCCAAGCCGCCAUUGAGAAGCGAAUUGCGGACCUCUCCGGUCAGGCGAAGCUGCUCUGGGACAAGCUGAUGUGGCUCUGGGCCUGGAUUCGCAAGCUGAAAGGCUCCCACUUGGAGUUGAGGGCGAAGGGUUAUGUAGCUCAGGUCAAAGGCCUGUGCGAACACAUGACCCUAGCUCUAGGCGGACCAGAAGACCGCAGCUUUGAUCAUGUGGGCGGCAAGGAGGCGUUUGUCCUCCAGGCGAGGACCAUCGCCAGGCCGUCGACCCUCGUUGAUGACAAAAGACCCGUCAUCGAGACCUGGCUCCCGCAUUUCUACAAGGGCUGGGCUGAGAACUACGCCCACGAGAAGGCGCUAUACACCUGGGCCGACUUCUUCCGCAUCGACAACCCCGCCCAGUUCCUCAAAGACGCGAGCGACGACCAGGUCCGCCAGCUAGCGAUGGACCUGGCCUGCAUAAAAUACAAGAUCAACCCGGAGGCGUCCUCAUACAACCCUCACUUCACCGACCUCGGCCUCGGGGGGCACGAUCUUCACCCGGAGACCCGCGUUAACCCGCCCCCGGGAGACGUCAAAGACCGACCUAGCGCGGACUAUAGCACAAUCGACCAUGCCCCUCGCGACCGUCUCGAACGCUUUAUCAUGCAGUAUCUCAAGAAGAAGGCUGAACACGCGGCGCAGUCGUCAAAACAGGCGUCGGCGCAGAGCUCAGGCCGAGAUUUGGAGCAGCAGGUCGUCCCACGUGGCCGUUCGGGUGGAGGAAAGGGCUUCUACACGAGUCAACUCUUAGUGGCCAACGUCAAGUUCAACCAGGGUACCUCGGUCACGGAAUUGAAGAGGCUGUUGGAUGGCCACCUUCACGGCACCUUAGACCAUACCCAAUACCGGGAUGGUCGCGCGCCGCCCAGCCUGUCGCGCAAACUCGACCGCGCGAUCGGAGCCUUCGGCACGUCGUUUAAAACCCAAGUGGACGCCACACGCCAGGAGAUGAAGCUCACGAUGGUCCAGUUAGCCAAAACCAUGGAGGAUCUGAAAGCGUAUAUGACCGAGGCGCGCUUUGGUCCCGAGUACGCCGCACUCACCGCGGACGAUACCGAUGCCAACGGCGGUAGCCUGGAGGACCGGAUCCAGCUCCGAACCUGCAGUGCCUGCAACCGCAAGCUCACAUCGGCGACCGAGUCCUUCCUGGUGGUGGCGUGUGGCCAUUUCCUGUGCAAAACAUGCAAGACCAACGGCGACUUCAACUGCCCGGCCACCGGCUGCGGGGCCUUCAUCCGCAAACGCCCGGUGCUCCAGUGCUCGGGGAUUCCCCCGUCCUCCCUGUCCGAGCCGCGCACCAAGACUGACGCCAUCUUGGACAUCCUCCGGGACCGGGUCCCCACCAACGAGUACGUUGUCAUAUUUGCUCAGUACCAAACCUUCCUUAGAGUUCUGGCUAGGGCGUUAACCGCCGCCAAUAUCGAAUUCCGCGACCUCGCGACCGUCGACAACGACAAGGUCGCCACCCACCUCGAGGAAUUCAAGGAAGGCAAGGGCCCCCGGAUCCUGCUGCUCGACAUCGACAACGAGACCAGCGCGGGCAGCAACUUGACGAUUGCGAACCACGUCAUCUUCGCCAAUUCCUUUGUGCAUCAGGACGUCGAGUACCAGGCGAGGACCAUGCGGCAGGCCAAAGGUCGGUGUGUCCGGACGGGUCAGAGCAAGAUGGUGCACAUCUACCAUGUUAUCUCCCGCGGCACCAUCGAAGAUGCCACGCUGCGCCAGCACGCGGAGCACAGCCCUGGUGUAGCCGCCUACGUCAGGGAAAACCCGCUCCCUCUGUGGAUGGAGGAGUAG